UUUUUGUGUGGAUAUACUCAAACCCGCAUUCCAUUAUUCUUUCUUUAUGGGGCACUCGGACGGAAGUGCUCCACAGGGACUGAGUUUAAUCCCAUUGCUUGUAUAUAGACAAAACUGUCUGGUUUCUGGCUUAUCAGGCUUUGCGUCUGGAGCGGUGAUAGGAGCUGCGCUUGGCGGUCUUUCUGGAGGCUUAGAUGCUUAUCGAAUGGGCUUUCGUGGUCAGCCGCUUUUGCAAACUAUCGUUUCUGUAGCCGGCAAUAAGGCCCUCCCGUUUGGAGCUUGGAUGGGGGUUUUUUCGUUCUCUCGUUGUGUACUUUAUGGUGCUGGAAUUAGGAAUAAUUUGGUGAAUGCUGCUUCGGCAGGUUUCCUUGCGGGUUGUGCAGCAACUGCCACGCAGAUACCUCCAAAUUUAUGGAGAAAUAGUUUGCAUUUGAUGGGAAAUAACGGUAUCAUGUCUGGUGCUUUCGCUGCUUUUAUUCCUUUAGUGUUUCAGGCAGUUCGGUUUUGAUAACAUUCGGAAGAGUUGAAGAGCUGAACAAAGAAAACGUUUAAAGUCUUUCAGUAACUGACAUAAAACGCUAGGCUCUUUCUUUUAGUUGGGUUCCCUCGAGAAUAUUUUUAUU